AAACAAAUCACUCGUUUUGAUGAGGCAAUGUACGAAGUAUCAAAAGGCCGAGAGACAUGGAUCCCACACCGGUUCGGCUGCCAAGACGGCGGAGAUGUGGAGUUAGUCGGGGCCCACCGGGUGUCACCGGUUCUUUCACGGAGACGGUGGCUGUGAGGAAAGGCCCAACCGCUAUCUUAGAUUCCUUUUGAUCCUCGGCUGACCAAGCCAACUGCGAGAGAAGCAAGAUCUGAACUCGCGACAUUUCCGCAUGCAAUUGAACAGCCAUGUCGGGCAGUAGUCUUCGAGUCAUCCCCAUCCCAUUCCGAGGUGAGCGAUGCCCAAGGGUGGUCAUGCUCCUAAUGCACGGGAGCCGGAUGCACGGGCCAUCAGACCCAAGGAGCGAUAUCGAGGCCCAAACCUUGGAGUGCCAGUCAGGCAGGGACGGCUCGGUUCAAGUUGUGGCUUUGGGAUUCAUCGCUCAUCGCUUUCGAACUCGCUUGAGAAGUUGAGGGGAGCAUCCACCAGGUCGGAACGAAUUGGCCACCCCUGCACUGCCCGACACGGACCCGCCCGGGGAGCUGUGUUUUUGACCACUCGCGCCUUCCAGCAGGCCUCGCCUCACUUUUCCAUCCCAAAACGGCCAAUCAGGGCCGUUGUGAGGUCCUGCAGCAGCGAGGGAUGGCCCGGAUUGUUCUUUGACAGCGAGGCGACGCAUGUAAAUCCAGUGAUUCUUCGUUUCCACGUCCCUUCUGCUCCACCGGCCAUGCACAGAAAACCGUUGUGGUUGCAAGCAAUGAAGCCAUCGGGCAAUCGACUGACGACGAGCAUCCAUGGGGCAAGGGGGAUUUAGACGGCUGAUUCAUCAAUUGGAGACCAUCACGACCCGGACAACGAUGGGGUCCGAGAUCUUAGAUACGCCCAAGCUCCUACCAUAUCUGGCGCCGGUUGGACUCUCCGAAUAUCAUUGAUGCGCAGUAUGGGAAUGAUGCUAUCCAACUUAAAUGGUGUUGACAUCAAGAGAA